AUGACAUCCGAAACUUUCCUCGCGAGGCUCUGCGAGCAGGCCGAGCGCUACGAUGAGAUGGUUACAUACAUGAAGGAGUUGGGCGGAGAACUCAGCGUUGACGAGCGAAACCUUCUGUCCGUUGCCUACAAGAACGUUGUUGGCACCCGACGUGCUUCCUGGCGCAUUAUCUCGUCGAUUGAGCAGAAGGAGGAGUCUAAGGGUACCGACAAGCAUGUUGCGACCAUCCGUGACUACCGUCAGAAGAUCGAGACGGAGCUUGAGAAGGUCUGCCAGGAUGUCCUCGACGUCUUGGACGAGUCUUUGAUCCCAAAGGCUGAGUCCGGAGAGUCCAAGGUCUUUUACCACAAGAUGAAGGGUGACUACCACCGCUACCUUGCUGAGUUUGCUUCCGGCGAGAAGCGUAAGGUUGCUGCCACUGCUGCCCACGAGGCUUACAAGAACGCCACCGACGUUGCACAAACCGAGCUCACCCCCACCCACCCCAUCCGUCUCGGCCUGGCUCUCAACUUCUCUGUCUUCUACUAUGAGAUCUUGAACUCACCCGACCGUGCCUGCCAUCUUGCCAAGCAAGCUUUCGAUGAUGCCAUUGCCGAGCUCGACUCAUUGUCCGAGGAGUCUUACCGUGACAGCACCCUCAUCAUGCAACUCCUCCGGGAUAACCUCACCCUCUGGACCUCCUCGGACAGCGGCGAGCCUGAAGGCGCCCCAGCUGAUGCUGCACCCAAGGAGACCGAGAAGGCUGCUGAAAGCGCGGACAAGCCAGAGGAGCCAAAGGCGGAGGCUGCCCCUGAAUCCUAGAUCUCUCACUCUCGAAUCUCCUCGUCUCGUUUUCGUAUGCUUCCUUUAUCUUACUGGAGUGGCUGGUUACCUGGCUUGCUGGUGGGGUGGUGGUAGCGUGGGCUGGGGAUGGGAGUUGAUAUGAAAAGCAGAACGAGUGCGAUUUUGCGAAUUCUCCUAAUUUGCGAAUAC